AUGAGGACGCACGUUGCCUUGCUUCUCGCGGCGGCAGGUAGUGUCAGCCUGGGUUUCGGGCCCCAGGCCACGUUGGGUGCCCCCGUCCAGGUCCCGCUGGCCCCUGACAUGCCAGAGGAUGCGCCAGGAACUGGUGCUCCGGCUCCUUACGCUGAAGUUCCUCUGUCCACUGGAGACGGUAACGACGAAGCCGUCCCCGUGGAGGCACCCGUCGCACAGGAUCAGCUGCCGCAGCCAGCGGUCCAGCAGGCUCCCGGUCGCCGUAUGCUGGGCUGGCUGAAUCCGUCUCGUUGGUGGUCGCCUUUCCGCAGAGGAGCGCGAAGCGCCGUCUCAGAACCUGAACAGGCUGUCGGCGGACCUGGCGUCGUUGGAGGAACGACCUCUCCAUCUGAAGAACAGGUGAUGGGUCAGCCGGAGGGGUUGCGAAGUGAGGAGCCGAGGAGACGCGGAUUUGGUACCAGGAUGAGAAAUUGGGCGACUACAGUCACGCGCCCAGUAGGAUCACGAGGGAGACGUUUCGUCAACCGCGUCCGGGGUCUCUUUGGCCGAGCUCGCCGGUACGUUGGCCGCGGUUGGAGGCGGCUCCGAAGGGGGUUUGCAACUGCGGCUGAUCGAGUGAGAGGGCGAGUUCUUCCGCGGGCGCAUUUUGAAUUCCGCGACGAGGAGGCUGUCGGACAAUCAGCACUCGCCUCGCUUGCCACGACUGUACCAGUUGAGACCCCUGACGCCGAUGCAUUGGAGACUGCACGUGACGCGCUAGUGCAAGCAGGGGCAACUCUCAAGUUCGUGUCUACCACAACUGCUGAAGAGGUCGUCGUGAACGUCAAGGAACCGCUCGGGACAGGAGAGUAUACAGCCGUGUUCAGGGGACAGGUCAGUGGCACGGAUUCGGACGUCGCUCUUAAGUUUUAUCUCGGACAGUCUGCAGAGGCGAGGACAGUUGCCAAAACAGAGGCCAAUAUCCUGUCCGCCGUGUCAAUGAAAGAUGCUGCGGAAGCAAUGAUGCGACUUCGGCUGGUUGCCCCCAUCGACAAACUGGUUUACCGACCAGGGGGUGAAACAGAUGAUCCGAGCGCACGGGCGCAGGUUCUCCUGAUGCCAAAGGCCUCGUCCUCACUGAAGGAUAUCAUCGCUUUUCUUCGCACCAGUGAAACACUCGGUCCCCGAACAACCAAUCUCGUCCGGCUCGCCGCGACUGUCCAGAUGGUCCAGCUUGUUGCAGCCUUGCAUUCACGAAGAGUGAUUCACGGGAAUUUGCAGCCCAAACACAUUCUUCUUUUCAGCCAUGGUCUUUUCUACCUCUCUGGUCUUGGCCGAGCACGCCGCCACGGGGAGAGUUUCAGGACAACCCGAGUGAGCAGAUACGCUGCACCGGAAGCUGUUGAGCACCCCAGUACUCCAUACACGUAUUCGCGAGACAGCUAUCCUCUUGGACUUAUGAUCUAUGAGUUAUGGUGCGGACGACUGCCAUUCGAUCUGGAAGUCUCCACGUUUGACGGUUUGGACGAGUCAGGCCGAGCGGCCCUUGCUGACAACAGGCGAAGCGCCUCUCGACAGCUCUCUUUCGAGGCUUGCUCAGAGGACAUUCCCGCAGCUGUGCAACUCCUAAUUCGCAACCUUUUGGGCCACAGACGAUGGAGCCGUUUGGUGCCGCAAGCUGCCCUACGGGACGCAAGCUUCCGGGAAAUUGUCCAACUCCUUCGAAACGCUGAUCAAGUACUUGAGGAAACCGGACUUUAA